UUUAUCUGGAGGCAAGGAGACUCUGCUCUGUAAGCUGAGACCCAGGAGGAGGAGGAGGGAUCUGCUGGACCCUGGAGGAGAAAGGGUUUAGCUGCCCAGGAGGAACAGAGAGAGGCAGAGCCUGGGCACCAUGGCCGGAUUCUCCACUCUUGGGCUCCUCUCCCUGUGUCAGUUUUUAGUCACAGCAUCAGCUCAGUCCCUUCAGAGAGUAGGACCACAAGGCCCUCCUGGACCACGAGGACCCCCUGGACCGUCUGGCAAGGACGGCAUUGAUGGGGAACCAGGCCCUCCUGGUUUGCCAGGCCCACCAGGGCCAAAAGGUGCACCAGGGAAGCCUGGAGCAGCUGGUGAAGCUGGAUUGCCUGGACUUCCUGGAGUGGAUGGUUUAACAGGAACUGAUGGCCCACCUGGCCCAAAUGGGCCUCCAGGAGACCGUGGUGCAUUAGGACCUGCUGGGCCACCUGGACCAGCUGGCAAAGGACUACCAGGACCUCCAGGGCCUCCAGGACCCAGUGGGCUCCCGGGUGGACAUGGAUUUCGGGGUCCUUCUGGACCUUUUGGUCUGCCAGGAUUCCCAGGGCCUCCUGGACCACCUGGACCCCCCGGUCUUCCAGGCACCCUUCCCGACGGCGGUGGGGACCUUCAGUGCCCAGCUCUGUGCCCACAGGGUCCCCCAGGUCCCCCAGGAAUGCCAGGGUUCAAGGGACACACUGGUCACAAAGGGGAACCUGGUGAAAUAGGAAAACAAGGAGAGAAGGGUAACCCUGGCCCUCCCGGUCCUCCAGGCAUUCCUGGCAGUGUUGGCCUGCAGGGCCCGAGGGGACUAAGAGGCCUCCCUGGUCCAAUGGGUCCAGCUGGUGACAGAGGUGACAUCGGUUUCAGAGGCCCACCUGGAAUCCCAGGACCUCCAGGGAAAGCUGGAGAACAAGGAAGCAAAGGACCUCAGGGAUUCCGGGGGCCCAAAGGAGAUACUGGUAAACCUGGACCAAAAGGAAACCCAGGGGCUCGUGGACUCAUUGGAGAACCUGGCAUUCCUGGCAAGGAUGGGCGGGAUGGAGCUCCUGGACUCGAUGGUGAGAAGGGUGAUGCAGCUCCAAUGGGUGCUCCUGGAGAGAAGGGGCCAAACGGACUUCCUGGACUGCCUGGAAGAGCAGGUAUUAAAGGCUCAAAGGGUGAACCAGGCAGUCCUGGAGAGAUGGGAGAGGCAGGUCCCUCAGGAGAGCCAGGCAUCCCUGGCGAUGUCGGUGUUCCUGGUGAGAGAGGGCUGCCGGGACCCAGGGGAGCAACUGGACCACUUGGUCUCCAAGGCCCCAUAGGAGCCCGUGGUGUCCGAGGUUUCCAGGGUCCCAAAGGUGCCAGUGGUGAACCUGGCCUUCCUGGUCCAACUGGAAUCCGUGGAGAGGCAGGUGACAGGGGUCCUAUUGGUGUUCCUGGUCCCAAAGGUAACCAGGGCAUUGCUGGAGCCGAUGGCCUCCCAGGUGACAAAGGAGAGCUGGGUCCAUUUGGUCCCCCUGGCCAAAAAGGAGAGCCAGGAAGAAGAGGAGAACUUGGUCCAAAAGGUGCCCAAGGACCUAAUGGGACAGCUGGAGCACCAGGAAUCCCAGGACAUCCGGGGCCCAUGGGCCAUCAGGGGGUGCAGGGUGUUCCUGGCAUCACGGGAAAACCUGGGCCUCCUGGCAAAGAGGCCAGUGAACAACAUAUCAGAGAACUCUGCGGGGAAAUGAUAAAUGAGCAAAUUGCACAGUUAGCUGCUAAUCUGAGGAAGCCCUUGUCCCCUGGAAUGACGGGUCGGCCUGGCCCAGCCGGGCCCCCGGGUCCUCCCGGAGCAAUGGGAAGCGUUGGGCAUCCUGGUCCUCGUGGUCCCCCUGGAUACAGAGGGCCAACAGGAGAGCUGGGAGAUCCUGGUCCCAGAGGUGACACUGGUGAAAAGGGAGAUAAAGGACCUGUUGGUCAAGGUAUCGAUGGGCCUGAUGGCGAUCAAGGACUUCAAGGACCACCUGGUGUGCCUGGAAUUACUAAAAACGGCCGUGAUGGGGCUCAGGGUGAACCCGGCCUGCCAGGGGAUCCUGGUACUCCUGGUACUAUUGGGGCUCAGGGAACUCCAGGAAUCUGUGACACGUCGGCUUGCAUGGGAGCUGUUGCAGCAUCAAUUUCCAAAAAAUCAUAAACCAACAGUACAAGAAGUGAAGAAGUGACUGAAUAUUUAAAUAAACAGUGCAUUGUAAGAAAACAGAAUCCUCCUAGUGCUAAAUGGACAGAUGCUCCUUCUGUUCUGUUAAGUGGAGACUUUGACACAGUUCUAUGAAAAAGAAAGCAUCAGGUGAAAACUUUAAUUAAAAGAUGCUUUUGAGUAUUUUUCCUUCCCCCCAAUUAUUUUCCAGAAUUUUUACUGCUAAACAACCUCACCUUUCCUUUCUCCCUUUGCUCGAGUCCUGCAAGAGGAAGCAUUGUUCCUUUUUACCAUCACCCCCCCCCAUAUACUACAGAUCACGGCUUCUUGCUAUGAAAGUUUGAGGCUUUUCAAUUGAAUCCCUUGGUGCUACUGCCACUGAUUUCAGUUCUGUAGGUUUGUGCACAAAGACACACGUUGUUAAGGUACUCAGGCACCAAACUUCCUCUUCUAUCAGUGGAAAUCAUGCAUUUAAAUAUCCUGUAUUUUAAUAUCUUAACUUUCUGGCCGAAGUAAUGACCAUCACUUACAUAUAUGCUGUCACUUAGCAAUUUUCAGAUUGCACCUCAAAUAUUUGCCAAGACUAGUAAACAAUAAUCCUCUUGCAAUCAAAUUCCGCAAAAGGUGUAAUGUAUAUAUUUAAUUUUGAGGGAAGGAUUUUUGUAUAUUUCCAUAUGAUAAUAAAGGAAAUGAAGUAACAGCGUUUUCAUGACCUCUACUUAAGCUAUUUGCACAGUAAUUGUGAUGGAACCCCAUGUAAGAAAGGAUGCUCUUCUAAAGUCCAGCCAAAACCACCUGUAUGAACUGUUGUAAAAAUAAAAGGAGAUUUUUUUU